AUGUUAUUAUCCUCCCUUCGGCGUGCAGUCCGCACGCCCACCCCGUUUCCCAGCCUCAUUCUUCCCUCCGCUUCUUCGGCAAACGGUCUUCUGCUGAGCGCGACAUCGCAAAGACGGGCACAUCAACGGCGUUACUCGUCUUCUAAACCUCCGGCACCUCCAAACGAUGGCUCGCGACCGUUUGAUACUCCAUCGUCCCAGGCUCCAUCGGGCAAAAAUGUAGGGCCCGCAGAACGAGAGGGCGAGCAGCGAAAAGCUACAAAAAGGAAAGGAAAAGACAACAGCACCAGCAAUGGCAGGAACAAUCAUCCUUCGCCCUUCUUGAACGUGCCCAGCGUCCCGUCAACACACCAUUUAUUACCACAAGAUAUGCACCUUGCAUCGUUCUUCUCACUCCACCGUCCUAUUUCUGUCACCACUACUAUUCCUCCGCCAACCAACGAGGAGGCUUUUAACGCCAUCUUCGAGUCUAAGUCGAUGUCACGAAGAGGAAGAGGAGAUGUAUUGGAUACAUUAUCAUCAGCGGUUCGCUCAAUGGAGAAUGCUACACGUGGCGGAAACUUUACGACACAAGCUUCGUCUUCUAUUGGGAAUGGAGACAUGGAUGUCAUUCAUCUAGAUGGUGUCUCGGAAGAAGACCUUCACAACUCUAUUGGAGAAUUUGCAAAGCGUCUUGCCCCCUUCAACCCACCCGCGGCUCCAGAGCCGUUCAAUGAGGAAGAGGGUCUGGUGGCUAAUUCCGCAGAACAAGAAGCAGAGGACUCUUCUCUCCGCACUUACUCUACCGUCCUCACUAUUCGCGAAUCCGUCCACCCAGAUGGCCACAAGACAUACGAAGCCCAUGUCUCGCCUCUCGUUUCCGAGGAUAUGGAAGCUCCUGGCUCUAUAAAUGCCGACUUCGAAGACCCCAACACCAACAAUCUCGUCCGGAAUUCCUACAUUGAACGCGUAUACAACAACAAAAUGCAAGCUAUCUCAGUACGACGACAGCGGAAAUUGAAGAUGAAGAAACACAAAUUCAAGAAACUGCUAAGGAAAACACGGACACUGCGUCGCAAGCUAGAUAAAGCUUGA